ACACACACACUUGCACGCAUGAAUGUGCACACACACACACACACAUGCACAUGCAAACACACACACACACAUGCGCAUGCACACACACACACACACACACAUACACACACACAUACACACACACAUACACACACACAUACACACACACGCUCACACACAGGAGAACUAUCUAUAAAAGAAAGAAAUCUACCAGGAAUCUAGCAGUGAAUUCGAAGGUUGAGGAGGAACUUGACUGAAACAAACAUAGCUAAAACAGAAAGAGAAAAAAGAAAACUUGAAAAGAAGAAAUAUUAAUGAAUAGAUAAAUAAAAGGAAAGAAAAAAAAAAGCAAGCAAAAAUAUAUAGAAAGGAAGAAGGAAAGAAACCAAGAAAAAGGAAAACAAUGUUCCACAGCCAACAUCAGAUGUAAGGAAUUAAGAAUGAGACCAACUGAAGUCAAGUGCCUAAUUCCUAAUAAAACAGCUAUGUCUAUUGUGUGGAUAACUCUCCUUGUAUUUACAAACAUCAUCUACUCUUGCAAUGGUCUUCGUUGCUGGAAGUGUAUUUCAGAGAAUUGUCACCAACUUGAUCCUAAUGCUGAAGCUAUGACAGUGGUGUGUAAAAAAGGACAGUCAUGCUUAAAAGUUAUAUAUCAGGUUGGAAGAAUUUUCCCUCGGUACAAGUCAAUUGUUAGAUCAUGCUCAGCUGGAAUAUGCACUUCACACACCACAGAAGAAUUUCACAACUGCUCGUCUAAUCCACGCAAAUAUAAUGUUACUGGUUGUUUCCUCCGCACCUGUUGUGACGACAAAGACUUUUGCAAUGACAGCAGUAUUGUCAACGGUUAUCUGGGGAUCUAUAUAGGAAUAGUGUUGUCUCUUUCUUUCUCAUUGUUCUGGUCAUAUUAGCCCUAGAAUAACAUUGGAUAAUUAGUCUAAAAUGGCAACUAGUUAACACCAAAUCUAUGCCUUGGGCUAAGUUUUGUGAGAUUUAUGACAUUGCAAGCAUUAUGGAUAUGACCCCUCCCUCUGCUCACAUUUCAAAUGUAAACAUUGGCUUACAGAUAUGAAGGCCAGGCAUGAACUAAAUCAAGUUCACUAAUCUGAGUGGGUCUUCAAAGGUCAUGGACAAUGCUCCUCCUUCCAUAACUAAUUUAUUAAAAAAUUUAAUCUUACAUGCAUACAUACAUACCUGAAUGCAUACAUACAUGCAUACAUACAUACAUACAUACAUGCAUGCAUAAACACAUGCCUACAUACAUACGUACACAUAUACAAACAUACACACACAGACGUAUGUAUAUUGAGUUGAUGUGUAAGCAUCAUAAAAUACACUCACUGUAUUUAAGAGUUCAAUUAACACAUUGCUUAACUCUCAUACAUUAUUACAAUGCAAUAAACAUUGAUGGUAUAAACUUGCAUGUAUACACUGAGAAUCAGCUAAAAGAAUAUUUAAGAACAUUUUUAGAAUAUAUUCUAUAUAUAUAUAUAUAUGUUGUCAGCAUUUUAUACAUCUGAAAAAGAAGCAUGUUCUAGAACAUUAGAGCAGUAAUGUAUUUUUAAGGGAGGUUGAUUGUUAUGGACGGCCAGAGUGACUAUUGGUUUUGUACUCAUAAAACACUUUGUCAUGUAGGUGACUAGUCAGACUCAAAUGGCCAAAGGCACAUAACCACUUUACAACUGGAAGGAAGAAGACAUCCUGCUCAGUUAGUUUGUAAACAAAAAAUAUACAUCCUGAAUGGUCAUACAAGUGGUGUUGCAUGUAGGAUGGAAUUAUCUCCCUUCUGGCCAUGGUGAUAUUCGAAGAUGUUAUUAAGGUUCUUCUAUUCAAUGAAUGGAGAAUUCCAAGUUUGUAACAGUAAACAUCUUAUAUGUGAGCAUUGACUAAAUACUUCUUUCCUGGAGUUUAAAAAGGUCCUUGGUUAAGCAAGUGUAACUCAUACUAAAUCUGUCGAGUACUUCUUUCUUUUGUUUGACCACUUACCUGUAUAUAUGUGGAGUGACCAUUGGUUUCACACCUAUAAAGCGCUUCAGAUUACUACUCUAAUUUUUUGUAAUUAAUCUAUGUAUGUAUGGAUUAUAUAUAUACACACACCUUUAUAUUUAUAUACUGUUGCUUUUAUUUUGAGCUAUAAUAAAACCAAUCUAACAUUAAACUGAAGGCUUACUCAGUACUUUUUUAGACUAUUUAUUACACUUUUAAAAGAGAGGUGACAGUAUAAUACACACACACACACACACACGCACGCACACACAUACACACAUGUACUAACUGAAUAAACCAUCAUUGCUGGGCAGUUUUUACAAUAGAAUAUCUUAUAUAAAUUCUUGUUUAUACCAUGUCAGACCAUGCCUUCCUCGACAGAUAGGCCUCUUGAUCAGGACAGAUUUGUGCAAUUUUCCUCAAAAAAAUUUCUUUGAGGAUUUUAUCCUUUUUAAAUUAUUUACAUGCCUGUUCAACCAUUUCAUAUGACUUUAUUCAUUAAAACUUAUUAAAACUUCAGAAGUUCUUACAAUUUU